CACAUCACCCAAACUCUCCAUUCUCUCACUCACACACAUCCACAUUUUCCAUAAACAAAAAUGAAAAUAAAAACCUCAGACCUCUUCUGCGCAUCUCCGGCGUCCACCGCCAUCUGCACCACCAUGAACCACCACGCCAUGGUCCGCCGCAGCGGCGGAUCCACCCCAAGAUCAUCAAGCCACCGCCACAACAACUACUACUACAACAACCAUUACCAAUUCGAUUUCGGAGACAAACCUAAAUUCAAAACACCUUCAAUCCCUUGUACUUCUCAACAACAUAUUGAUCCCAAACCCUACAUCCGAAAAAGCACCUCAUCAGCCGCACCCACAACCGGAAAACAUGUUGAUCAGUUUCCUGUGAGAAGAAAAAGCAGUGCUGAAUUGAAUGACAGGAGUAGCAAGGGUGGUUCUUCUUCUAGGUGUCUUUUGAAUAACAUUUUUCUGGAGGAUUUGAAGGAUUCUAGUGAUGUUUGUAACGCGGGCGCGUUGGUGGUUAGUGAACAAGCAUGGCCAGCUGAUCAUGAUGAUUUACCCGUUGUUAAGAAGUCUUUUUCGUCUAGAGGGUCGUGGCGUGAUGGUUAUGAUUCGCCUGUGUUGGUUAAGUCUAGAUCGUCGUCGAUGCGGUUGCAUGCUACGGCUGAAUCUCCCGGCUCUAAAUCUUUGAGGUCUCCUUCUCAUAAUCAGGUUGUGGAACUGAGGGUGUCGAUUCAUUGCAAGGGAUGUGAAGGGAAAGUAAGAAAACAUAUUUCAAGAAUGGAAGGAGUGAAAUCAUUUCACAUAGACUUGGAAUUAAAGAAGGUGACAGUGGUUGGAGAUAUAACUCCAUUGAGUGUUCUUUCAAGCAUUUCAAAAGUAAAAAGCGCUCAGCUCUGGCCUUCUCCGUCUCCUUCUUCCUCAUCCUCAUCCUCCUCCUCCCCGUCGCCUUUCAUUGCCAUCGGAUACUAAGUUUGCACAUUAACUUUUUUGUUAAUUUGUGAUGAAAUUUAUCUUUUGUAAUUUUCAGUAGUUCACAGUGUGUUUCUUUCCGUGCGUUUGUUGUAAAAAUCCAAGAUUUUCUUAGAUGAUCGAUGUGUAUGUAAAUUGUAAAACAUACUCGUAAAACACUAGCUUCAUCGAGCAUUUAAGAAUCUUUUGAAAAUAGUAGUGUGUGUAAAACUCUUCUUGAAUGAAUAUGAAGAAGUUUAAACGCUAUUUAUAUAAGGUUUGACUUGUC